GAAUACUUGUUUUCAUUAAUAAUUUAGGAACAUUUCAGAAGUAUUGAAAGUGUGGCAUUGAAAUUAUGAUUUAUUUUGAAAUGUUAAAUUUCUUCAAGGUAGUGCUGUUAAGAAGAACAUUUUGUUGAUGUAAAAGUUUGGAGAAGAAUUUAAUUUGUGUUAAUAUUUUUACAAAAUGGUUAACAUUUAUUAACAAGAUUUCGUAAUGAUGUGGAAAAAUGCAAGUUAUUCCUAUAACAAUGUUGGGUAGAAGUUGAAAAAAAAAGUUAUGAUGAGAAAUUUUAGCAUAUUUUCAGGAUGAUAUAGUUUGUGAGAGGAUAUUUUAACAUAUAUAUCUGGAUACUUAAUAGUGCACUCGUUGGACAGAUUUGAAGUAGUAGUUCUGUGAUGAAAAAACAAGUUGAGCCGACGUUAGGAAUAGCGUUUGUGUUUUAUACUGACCAUAGUAUUUUUGGGGGAAAACAGCGAAGUUUUCUAAUUCUGACAACAUCCCAAUUGAAGACACUAUCAACAAACAAACAAUAUGAUUUAGUUGACAUUCUAGUCCACUAAAUAACUGAAUAAGCACAUUCUUGGUGAAAACACCGAGGAAAAACAUUUUUACAAACUUGGGAUUAUGUUGUUAGAACUUCCACCAAAGAUGGCAUUAGAGCGAGCAAAGACCGACAUAGAGGAUAAAGCUUACAAACAUCUGUCUUUUAUGAGGUAAUCUGAAAGGACUUUUGGGAGUGUAAAUCUGAACAUAAAAUGUCUUGGCAUUGCAAAAUCUGAGAAUGUUAACUGAAAUUAUGUAAUAGUGAUAAUUGAAUAAGCCACGCUUGUGUUUGUGACACUUGCAAAAGUGAAAUAAACGGACAUAAUUCAUCGCCAUGGCAACGAUGGAAGAGAGUCAGUACCCCCAGGUGUUCUCCCCUCACACCAAGGGGCCAAUAACUCAGUUUGUACUAGAGGGGAAGCAAGUUAAAACCCCUGAAGUUCCACAUGAUCAUAUGGAUCCAAUCCGGACGAUGUACAACCACAGUCGUCGGGAGGCGGAGGAAGGGACAGGCGACUUCUCCAUCAACCCCGACCCAGUGCCCUACCAGCCAUCAAACUUCAUUCCUGAAAGGUUCAGCAAGUUAGAAGGUUCCCAAAUAGGAACUCCUACGUUGUCAUCGACCACAAUGAAGAAGGUACCGGUAUCACGGCGUCACUUUGAUUCAUUUGGUAGCUAUGACAUCAUGGCAGGAAUCCCCAAGCGCGGCGUCAUGCUGCAUACUGACAGAUACCAGCUCGCCUUCGAUGGGUUGAACCAACGCGAAAGACUACAGGCUGAGUUGGAGUAUAUGGAGCGGUUACGAGGGAUCAAACGUCGACGUGAGGUUUUACCUCACCGCGCCCAGCUUGAUCUCCUCAUGGGAGGCAAAAAAAUGGAAUUUGCUGAAAGAUUUGAGAUUCAGCGUGAGAUACAGAAGCUGAAAUCACUCAUCUUGCCACAACAUGCCAAGGACCUGUUCCACGGUCGCGGCUUCAUCUUGCCAGAAAACCACAUGUCAAGAAAACCCCGAAGAUUAUUUGAUAUUAACUAUGAUUUAGAAGACGAAUUGACGAGCCCAUUCUCACCAGAAAGACAUUCAAUGAAUCCAGAAACGGGCCGCAUCCACACAAAACAAAUGCGGCAGUAUCCCUUAGACCAGGGAGCGUCCCUGCCAAAGAUUAAUAACCGGGGUUACUUGUUAGAAAACUUCCGGGCCCAAAAGGGGGAGCCCAUUCAAAUAAAAACUCCAAACCCAUUUUCUUACGAAAUGGAGGACACUUGGACACCCUAUGUCACCCGCCAGUCAACGAUGAUGUCACCAGUCAUGAGAAUGGCCAGUAAAUCACCCGCCGUUCCAUUCUCACCUCGACGACAGCUUAAACCCAGUGAAUCGCCCGAUUUGACUUUAUACCCCGUAUCUCAGGGGCUGUUGAUGUCUCCGUCUCCGCGAUACGGAACAGGGGAGAUAACAAUGUGGCGGUUUACGUUUGCGGCAUACUUACCAGGUUCAUCUCAGCCCGCACAUAUGACUCGGUCAAGAACCAACGUGACUUCUGGAAACACAAAAACGGCCGUUUUGGGACGAAGUGUUACUGCGGGACAAGUGAAAAAAGACAUUGUCAGACAGUCCCUAGAAUCUCCAGCUGUAAUGCCCCAUAACUCUGUAACGAAACCCGAAAUCAAGAUUCCGGUGAGCGCCCGUGAUCCAGAAGAGGGAGACUUGCAGCAAGUACCGGAGCCCACACCCGUGGUUCCAAAAACCACGCCCUCCCAUACAACACUGACUGAUAAGAAGCCAGAGGUUGAUGAACCAAUCGAAGAGGAUCAGUCAUCUCCGACUGCAGCCACACCCAACCCCCUCAAGGGAGUGGAAUUACACAGAACCAUGUCAGAAGAUGAACAGAACAAGUUGAAGCAAACAUUCAAUAAACUGGAUACAGAUAAAGAUGGGCACAUCAUGUACAGCCAAUUACAGACACAGCUUCCAAAACAGUUCUCCCAAAAUCAGGAAAAAUUCAUAAAACAGGUAUAUGACAUCACAAGUUCAAACACAUUUUUUGGCGUUGAUGAAUUCAUGACGAUGUCAUUCUUGACAGGUGUUGUCACCUCACUCAGCGGUGAACCAUUGGAGGCGUACAACAAAAUCAACUUCCAACGUCUACAUGAGGUCAUUCGACAGUAUGUGGAGUUAUUCCAGACGGUGGACCGGAGUCACCGCGGGAAGAUCGGGCUCGCUUCCCUCCAAGAGAUACUCAACACAGCCCUCGCCCGAGACUUCAAGGUCGAACCUCACAACUGGCACAAGUUUAUUGACAAUCUUCAACUGAACGAACCCGGGCUGCUGUCGAAGAUAGAGUUUCUUGCCUACAUUCCACUGUUUGAGACCAUGUCUCGAAGAAAAUCACCCACUAGCCGAUCUUGAGGGACCCUUGACAAUAAUAUCACGGUUUCCGAUACGUGCAUACCGUACCCACCCCAUGGGUCUGCAGACCAAAUAUUGUUGUCCAUUGAUGUUUCGAUGAUUCAAUGUUCUUUCGGUGUUUUUUUUAUAUGUUUGUUCUUGUCAGUAUAUGUAAUAAGUUACUCGUUUUUUUUGUUUCUUGGGUUGACGUUAUGUCUAACAAUGUUUUGUUAAAUGUGCUCACAUUUGCCAAACUCAUUUUAAUGGUCACCAGUAUACCUGUUGUUUUUUUACAUAAUUUGAGUAAUUGACUGUAGAAGUCAUUUAAUCUGCAUUUUGGUGUUUUCUCAUCUAUAAAUAUUUGCUUUUUGAAGUAAAUGUAAUUGUAUGUACAGGAAAAUUGAUAUAUUGUUGAAAAAUGUUCAUUUAGACACACACAGGGCACAUAUUAAAAUUUAACCCCCUGCAUCAUGCUUAUAAUGAACAUCUUUUUUUUAUAAAAUUAGUUUGGUGUAACCGACAAUAGUACUAUGUGGUGGACAGUAUAAAAUAUAAAAGUAAGUUAAGCGGAAUUAAUUUCUUGCAUUUUUACAAGUUUUCAGUUACUUUAAUCAUUGUUCACAUCCUAAACAAAUACUGCCAGCUUGUGCAUCAUAUUAAAGGACAAAUUCAGAAAUAGAUGUAAUGCCAAAUGCAUUGUUAGUAAUAAUGUUCAAAUGUAAAAUAUGAACAUUCUGCCAUUUUAAGGAAAAGUCCAAAGUUGUCAUUAUUCGAUUGCCAUUUUGUAUACUUGCUCACACUUUUGAAGAAUUCAGUUUUUGGGUUGAAUGAAUGCAUUAGAUAUUUGUUUAUUUGAUUCAAUUUGAAGGCUAACAGUUACAAUUAUGAUGUGAUAAAAGAAUAGUUAGUGAAGUAUUGUUUUUAAUAAUUACACUGUGAGUCUCCUUAUAUACUUCCUGAGAUUAAAAUUUCCUUUUAAUUUGAUUCAUAUUCAGAAUAAAUUAACAUCUUUGGAGUACUUUUGAAUAAAAAUAAUGCUUAGAUUCGAUUGGUCAAAUGACAUUUGAUUGCGGUAAAAUUAACGUGACAAAAUAAGUGACUUCAUUGACGCAUUUGCUUUGCACACAGCUAGUUUUAAAAUGAUUUAAUAUCUGCUGAGCAUUAUUUUUAAGCGUUUAAGUUAUAAUAACCCAUGAAAUAAUUGUGGAUAUGGAGUGUAAAUUAUAUAAUCAACAUAUAAUAUUUUAGAAUUGCAAUUCAACUGUGUUUGAAGUACUUUGGUCAGAGUGCAGAUAAUCACCAACUGUGCACCAACAAAUACAUUUAUACAUAGGUUUACUGCAAUACUAACACAUUCAAUCCUUAGAAACAAACAUCAACACAAAGUCAUAUUGUGCAUUCCAUAACUUUAAAUGAAGCACUGCCAAAACAAUGGAAAAAUAUUAUGAAGAAGCAUAUACGAUUAACUCUAGACCACAUUUCUUUUUUAUAUUUGCACAUUAGGUAUCAUUGUUCAUCCAUAAAUUUUUCGAAUUCAAACAAUUAAAUAUUAAUUGGAAGUAUUUCUGUGAUUAUAUAGCUAGCUAUUCUAAUUCUUUCUCUUCAAUAAUACCAUAAUUGUGUGUUCAGAUAUUUUUGUCUCCUAACAAAAAUGCCUCCUUUUUAUUAUUCUACCUUUAUUCCUGUACAUCUGCUUCAUAAAGUACAUGCUUAAUAAUCUGUAAUGGCCAUGAAUACAUAUAUUGUAUUCAAAUCAUUGUGCAUUGUAUGAUAUAGAAGCCUGUCCAUUAUUGAUAGUAUGAAAGUAAAGUAAUCUUAAAGCUGCACUCUCACGGAUUGAACGUUUUGACAACUUUUUUUAUUUUUUGUCAUGGAACGAGACCAUUUUUGCGAAAAUCCAUGGAAACGAGUUAUAUAAGACUACUGACAAAAAAUUAGAUCGCUGAUCUUUAUAUUUUAGUUAAAAUGUUCAUGUUUUAUGCAUUUUUCUUAAACCGUUAGUAACAGUUGGAGCCAUAAAACAUUAAUUUUCAAACGGAAAUAUGCAAAUCUGCGCUCUGAUCUUUUGUCAGCAAUCUUUUAUCAUUGGUUUGCAGAUACUUACGCAAAAAAUUGCUCUUUCCAAGACAAAAAAUAAAAAAGUUGUAAAAACAGUAAAUCAGAAGUCAGAAAAGAAGUGUUGUAGUUGUUUGGCUGGUCAUGUCAGGGGAUGAAAAUCUAACAAUUAAUUUAUAGUUGCUUAAUUGAUAUCAACAAAGAUUUUUAGGACUGUGUUUUUUUCCAUCUGUUAGUAUCCCUGUGGCUUGUAAACUAUUCCAGAUAUAAUACGAAACUUGGUACAUAUGUUGACCUAAAAUAUGCAUGUAUUGCAGUAUGUGACUAGAGUUCUUGAUGAGUUAUGCCCCCUCCCCUUUGUAAACUGUCAAAAGCGGACCAGCCUACUGACAUCCUACCCUGGUGUGAUGUUUGAGUAAUCGCUUUAAAAAAAUUGAAUACAUAAAUGUAUAAGUUUGUUGGUACAAUGUCUCUUUUCGAAGUGCUAGUGUUCUGUAUGUAAUUGUUUAACUUCUAUGAAGCAUUUAAUGUUUUGUUUUAACUUAUUUGUUUAUUAUCAGUAUUAAUAAAUACACAAGUUUA